ACGAUGGCUUCCUCAUCUGGCAACGAUGAUGAUCUCACUAUUCCCAGAGCUGCUAUCAAUAAGAUGAUCAAAGAGACCCUACCCAAUGUCCGGGUGGCCAACGAUGCCCGGGAGCUGGUGGUGAACUGCUGCACUGAAUUCAUUCACCUUAUAUCCUCUGAAGCCAAUGAGAUUUGCAAUAAGUCGGAAAAGAAGACCAUCUCACCAGAGCAUGUCAUACAAGCACUGGAAAGUCUGGGCUUUGGUUCUUAUAUCAGUGAAGUAAAAGAAGUCUUACAAGAAUGCAAGACUGUAGCAUUAAAAAGAAGAAAGGCCAGUUCUCGUUUGGAAAACCUUGGCAUUCCUGAAGAAGAGUUAUUGAGACAACAACAGGAAUUAUUUGCAAAAGCUAGACAGCAACAAGCAGAAUUGGCCCAGCAGGAAUGGCUUCAAAUGCAGCAAGCAGCCCAACAAGCACAGCUUGCUGCUGCCUCAGCCAGUGCCUCUAACCAGGCAGGAUCUUCUCAGGAUGAAGAAGAUGAUGAUGAUAUCUGAAAUUCACCAGCUGAAUUUCUGUUUCCUCUGUAAAUGUUUUGCCUUGCACAAGAAAACAGUGAAAGAAAUGCUUAUCUGUAAAUUUGUAUGCAUCUUGGUGGACUUGCCAUUGGUAUUCUAGGGAUGUCUGCUGUAAAGUUUCAUCUAUUGUGUGCUAUUCAUGUAAAAACUCUUCGAACUCUUGAAAAUUUAAGGUUCAGUGUAAUAUCAAUUUUGAAUUUUUAAUGGUGUUUAUGAAAUUUUAGAUAGCAGUGAGUCCUUUAUUUGAUCAAUAAACAGUGUUACAAAAAACUCCAAGUUUAUAAAAGUCAGUGAAAUUUAUAGAGAAAUUCUAAAUCUGCAUUUGCAUUUCCUCUGCCCUUUUAACUAAACUGAAAAUUGGGAAUUUUAAUUUAUUGGGGGGGUGCUGUUGGAUGCAGUAGACAUUAGAUCAGGUUGGUGAAAAAAACAGUUCAUUUCUGUAGUAUCUGAAUUUUUUGUCUUUUAAAAUGUGUUUAUAUAUACACACACAAACACACACACAUAUAUAGGCAAUAAACAUAUGCUCAGAUAAAUAUACUUGCUUAAAAAAAUCUCAAAAGACAUUCAAAAACUAGGAAGGAUUAUGUUCCACAGUUGUAUAAAUUCGGUGCAUUAGGUUUUUGGCUUGUUCUUGCUUUAUGAAGAAGUAAAAACUACGAUUUUAUCAUGGCAUAAUUCAUCUUGAGGUACACUAUUACAUUUCAAAGACUGCCCAAUUGCAAGAAUUGUCAUGUUUCUUACUAUUUCACUCCAAUAAUUUGUUAAUAGUAUUACAUGCUUAGUCCAUCCAUGUUUAUUGGAGCUUGGGUUCCACUGGGUUAGCUAAGGUUCAUGAAUAUUCAAGCCUUUGGUGGGGAAAGAAAUGAAAGUUAGUUAGCGUGCUUGCUAUAAAAGAGGGAUUUUUUUUGUAAUUUAACUUGUAGUUAUAGUUAUUGUUUUUAUCAUUACUUUUACAUUUUCUUGACUAGAUGGCUACUGUGUCCAGUGUUGCUUUUUGAAAUGACAUCAUUGUCUCCAUCAUAAUUGAAUGAUAGCUUUAAAAAAUGAUUGGUUUUGCUUAAGAAAGUGUGUCAUACCUUCUCAACCCUAUAAGAAAUAGUUUCAAUCAGCUCAUUAAAAGGAGAAGCUUUAAUUUGGUUCUAAUAAAGUAUGGUAAUGAUUUUUAUAGGAAUCCAUUGUGUUGAAGAAAUGACCUAUUGUUUGUGUUUUAGAAACAGAAUGGAAAAGCCAUUUGAGAUAGUAUGAAGUAAUCUAAAUUUCUAUGUAAAUUGCCAAAUCAUAUAAAUUUCUAUAUUCACCAAGCCCAAGGAUAGAUGGAGCUGCCAGGAUUCUGAUUUUAAUUGGAGAGCUAAAUAAGUAAAGUUUAUACUUCAUAGAUUUCCUAAUUAUCAUUUUGCAGUUUUAGAAAGAAAUGAAACAUUGUCAUACAUUUAUUAAAUACACUUCCCCCAUGCCAUGGAAAGGUUAAUCUGGCUGAACUUCUUAAGUUGAAGUUGAUAAUGUAUUUAUGAAGUGCUUUGGACAAGAUAGAAUGAAUUGUUUUUUUUAAAAGUUUAAGUACCAAAGGUAGUCUAGUUUAAGAAAUAAUAAGUGUUGGCUUUUCUAAUUUGUAUGUAACAUCCUUAUAUUCUCUAUUUUAAGUAUAUCUAUUUCUUAAGUAAACAACUUAGAUAUUUUUCCACACCUUUUUUUUCUGAUGCAGAGUUCAGAUUAAUAUUUUACUGCAUCGAAUAAUGUCUGAAGCCUAGUGACUUUCAUUUUGACAUUCUUGUGAUUUCAUAUGCUGUAUUCCUCAAGCAAUAAAAUUCUGAUGUGUUUUAUAAAUUGUUUUUAUAUUUGAUGAUCUAUACAGAUUAAUGGCAGGAUAUUACUAUUAUUAACAUUUUUACUAGUUUCAAGAAUCUUAGACUGAAAAGACAUUUUGAUCAUUUGGUAUGUAAUAUUUGACUCUUGUUUACUGUUACUUCAAGAAAUGUGAUUUUACUUGUAUUUUGUAAUUUACAGUCAUGGGAUUCAGGUAUAACAAAGAUAAUUAAGCAGUAUUAACUUUUAGCUUAUUCUUUAGCAUUUAAAUUUCACUUUUAUGUUCUGUCCAUUGUUGAGAUUUUUUAAAUCUUUUGGAGAGAAAAACAAAUCUUUAGGGUUCUUGAGAAAUUGAGUUACUGUUUAGUAAAUACUUUCCCCAUCUGGAAUAUAUAUCUUUUUUGGCAGUCUAUCAGAUUGAUAAGUGCUGAAAAGGUACUGAUUUUUAAAACUGCAUAUAUCAUGUACAUAAAAGAGUACACAUAAAAGGGUUUUUCUCAGUUUAAAUAUGCUCAUAUCACCAUCCCUUAGAUCAAGACACAGAGCAAUGCAAGCACACCCCAGGAGCCCUCCUCUUGCCCAUAAGCUGUUCUGACUUCCCCAGAAAUAACUACUAUUUUGACUUCUAAAACACAGAUUCGUUUUGCGUAUCUUUUGUGUAAAUGCAGUCAUACACACACACUUUUUUUCUCAUUAUAUUUGUGAGUAAACCUACUGGUUUCCUGAUGCCUCUGUUAACAAAUUACCACAAAUUUAGCAAUUAAGACAAAUUUAUUCUUGUAAUCCUGGAGAUCAGAAGUCCAAAACCAAUUUCCUUAGACCUAAGUUAAGAUCUUACCAGAGUUGGUUCCUGAAUCCUGGAGGUUGUGAGUGGAGAAUCUGUUCCUUGCCUUUUUUCAGCUUCCAGUGGCUGCCUGUAUUGCUUGGCUUAUGGCCCCUUCCUCCAUGUUCAAAGCCUUUGCUUUCAUUAUCAUGCUUUUUCAGUAGUCAAAUCUUCCUCUGCCUCUUCAUUUAGGGCCCACCUGGAUAAUCCAGAAUAAUCUCCCUAUUUCAAGAUUCUUAAUCAUAUCUGCAGAGCCUCUUUUGCCAUUGAAGGUAGCAUUCACAGGUUCCAGGGAUGAGAUCCUGGAUAUCUUUGGAGGCCAUUAUUCAACCUACCAGAAUGAGGUUCAUUCAUAUGGUUGUAUGUAUUUGUACUUUAUUAAUUCUCAUUGCUGAAUACUAUUUAAUUUAUCCAUUUUUAUUAUAUCCAGAAUGUAUUCAUUCUUCCAUUGAUGGGCAUUUGAGGAAUUUCUAGUUAUGGGCUAUUAUGAAUAAUGGUGUGGAGAACAUUCAUAUAUAUGGCUUUUGGUGAGUGUAUAUAUGCAUUUCUGUUGAAUAUAUACCUGGGAAUGGACUUGCUGGGUUAUGGAGUCUGCAUAUAUUUGAUUUUAGUAUUACUAUGAGUUUUUCAAAAACGUGUGUAAGAGGUACCAUCUUAAUGUGUACCAUACUUAUAAAUUACCCUAAUGGUCUAGUGGCCUGAGAAUGGUAAUGAAUUUCUGAAAGUACCUAAAUUAUACCAAAUGAGAUAUAUUUGCUAUAGUAGGGCUGUUGUUAUUUAUAUCAUACAAGAGGAAAAUAAAAGCAGUAUUUUUCUUGUUACUGAUAUAA